AUGGCGUCCAACGAUAUCAGGCGCGAGGAAGACGUAGUUCCUUCUGACAGACUUGACCUUAGCGUCGACAACGAGAAAUAUGUUGGUGAGAAGCGCGACACCACACAUAUUGACUUGGAAUCAAGCGUAACGGCGAAGUAUAUUCUUUCCUACUCACAGUUGGAAUAUCCGUCACUGACCUUUGGCAGGAUCAAGAAUCCUCUCGCACACUUGACCAACGAAGAGGUCAUCAGGGAUGUCGAAGAGUUCGCAAACACCAACGGCUUUGCGGAGUUGACUCCCAUGAUUAUCAAAGGCGCGCUCGUUGCCAAAGAUCCUCCAGCGUUCGAAAGCGUUCCCGGCCUCACCGAUGCAGAGCAGGAAGCCAUCAGAAAUGAAGUCUUGCACAAAUGGCGUCAACCAACGAAACUCUACUUUACCAUUAUUCUCUGCUCGAUCGGCGCAGCUGUCCAGGGCUGGGAUCAGACUGGUUCCAAUGGUGCCAACUUGUCUUUCCCCGACGCCUUGGGCAUUUCUGUCAGUGAUAAAUUGGCGAAUGGUGCUCCUAAUCCCGAUGCUGCUCGAAAUCAAUGGUACCAGGGAUUGAUCAAUGCCGCUCCUUACAUGGCUUCCGCAUUCCUUGGCUGUUGGUGCUCUGAUCCUCUCAACAAGUACCUCGGUCGUCGAGGCACAAUCUUCAUUUCUGCAAUCUUUUGCUUCUUGGCUCCCAUUGGCAGUGCAGUUGCGCAAACCUGGCCACAACUUCUGGUCACGCGUCUACUUCUCGGUAUUGGCAUGGGCUGCAAAGGCUCUACUGUACCCAUUUUCAGUGCCGAAAACGCCCCCGCCUCUAUCCGUGGAGCUCUGGUCAUGAGUUGGCAGAUGUGGACGGCCUUUGGUAUCUUUCUAGGUACAUGCGCCAACCUUGCUGUCAAGGACACCGGUAGUAUCUCGUGGCGACUGCAAUUCGGCUCUGCGAUGAUCCCGGCCAUGCCAUUGCUCUUCGGUGUUUACUUCUGUCCAGAAUCGCCGCGUUGGUACAUCAAGAAGGGCAGAUAUCUGAACGCAUUCCGCUCGUUGAAGAAACUCAGAAAUACCGAGCUCCAGGCAGCUCGUGACUUGUACUACAUCUACGCCCAGCUUCGCAUGGAAGCGGCUCUGGUCGGCCACACGAACACGAACUACGUUGGCCGUUUCAUGCAACUGUUCACCAUCCCACGAGUCCGACGUGCUACUCUGGCUUCAUUCACGGUCAUGAUUGCCCAGCAAAUGUGCGGAAUCAACAUCAUCGCUUUUUAUAGCUCCACCAUCUUCCAACAAGCUGGCGCCUCGGUCACGAGCGCCCUACUUGCCUCGUGGGGUUUCGGACUGGUCAACUUUGUCUUUGCAUGGCCCGCCAUCUGGACCAUCGAUACUUUCGGUCGUCGGUCACUUUUGCUCUUCACUUUCCCACAGAUGGCAUGGACCUUGCUUGCUGCUGGUCUCUGCUACUUGAUCCCCAGGUCGAGCAGUGCUCACUUGGGUCUCGUGGCACUCUUUAUCUACUUGUUUGCCGCGUUCUAUUCUCCCGGAGAAGGUCCCGUGCCUUUCACGUACUCGGCCGAAAUCUUCCCACUGUCACACCGUGAAGUCGGCAUGUCAUGGGCUGUCGCAACAUGUCUUUUCUGGGCCGCCGUGCUGUCGAUCACUUUCCCUCGCAUGAUUUCGGCUAUGACGGUUACCGGCGCCUUUGCUUUCUACGCUGGGUUGAAUCUCACGGCUUUCUGCAUGAUAUUCUUGUGGCUGCCAGAGACAAAGCAGCGCACUUUGGAGGAAUUGGACUACAUCUUCGCCAUCCCGACUCGCACUUUCAUGAAGCAUCAAGUCGGUACCGUCGCGCCAUGGUGGAUCAAGACGUACAUCUUCCGUCGCAAGAUCGGACCUUGCCCGUCACUGUGGUCCUUCGAUGGGCAUGUUGACGGCGACCAAGAAUUCGUCGAGACUGUUCGUCGCCAGAGCCACGCAACCCAGGACGGGGGUGCUCAUCGUCGUGGCAGCUUUGCUCGCAGAAUCAGUCACAACUAGUAGAGGCGAUCAUCACUCAAAUUUAUGAACGCCCAAGGGAUGGUUUGGUCUAGAAGUGGCAAAGGAAUCUAGGGGUGGCCUAGACUGAUGGCGGUGCGACCUUUGAAGCAUGGUUGGCAUGAAGGAGGCCCGGGGAAAGAGAUGGCGAUGUUUGAAUGAAAGAGAAAUUUCCUGCUCGUACGCUCGCUAAAGACGGAAGGCAGAUGGACGAAUACCCACGGCCAAGAAAAGGAACGAUGUCCUCGGCGUCGUUUGACAACCUUUGUGAGAAUUAUGACCCUGAAUUACGAGAUACCCCGGUAUAUACUAUCAAUACGAGGUGCGUUAAUUACGAGAACUGUGUAAGUCCUAGUUUUGCGAAACACCAUGAAAGAGAAUUGUUCUG